UUCGCUCUUCCUCUCUCUCUCCUUCCCACCGCAGAGCAAGAGCAGCAGCACCGCCCCUUCUGCCGCUUGUUUUCGCCUUUCUUCCUUCCUUCCCUUCUUUCUCUUCUGCGUUGAAAAUUGAAACCAAUCUGCUCUUCUCCCUCAUUCCUUCAAAUUUGGCUAAGAAGAAGCUUCGCUUUAUCUAGUAAAAGUAAUAAUGGAAGGGAAUCUCAGUCAAGGAACGCCACCGCCGCCGCGGGAUCCGGCCAUGGAAGAAGAUGGUUGCAGAAGAACGGCGAUUCGGACAAGCUCCGAGACUUCUGCUCUCACAGGUGACAAUUUCAGAGGAGCUCUUGUGGAAGAUGAAGAGAUGGAUAGCUUGAUGUCAGGAUCUAUAUUCACAGAAUGGACGGAUGAGAAGCACAGCCUGUACCUCAAUUCCAUGGAAGAGUUGUUUGUAAAACAGCUAAAUGACUACAAAUGUUGUUCCAACUCAAAGAAUAAAACAAUGAAUCGAAACAACCGUGUCACAUCUGGCCAGUUCAAGGUUUUUCGGUAUGGCUGCUGGCAGAAGAUUAAUUUUGAAAGAACUCAACCUCAGCCAAACAUGACAAACGUUGCCACUAAGCGUCACGGUCUUUCGAUAAAUCCUUGGAUUCAGCAUUUCAGGUGUGCUGGCAAACAGGGAGAAGUAAAAUCAGCAAUUCCAGAAGAAAAUGGUUCACUAUUUACUCAGGAUGUCCCCUUGGAAAGGACAAGCAGAACGUCCUGUGGUAGGGUUACAAGUCCAAAGCUGAUCCCUGCAUAUCGGACACAAUUUCUUCAUCAGGACUCUGUUGAGAGCAAUACAGAGGUAUCAGAUCAGAACUUCAUUGAAGAAGAUCAUGAUGGAGAGAAGAUUAGUAGUGUGUGCAGGACAAAGAGGAUGAAGAUUGCUGCUGACGUCUCAAGCAAAGAUCAAUGCUCUUUCAGGUUGUUCCACAUGGAAAGUCUUCUGUAAAUAGCAUAUUAUGAUGAGAAUUGUGCUUGUCUGAGAAAAGAAGAACUGGUAGUAAUGGAAAUCAGAAAAUGAUGAUAGGUUA